AAAAUAUGCUCAUUAUAUUCGUCGAACUCAACCGAGGUCGCUUGCUCGGGAAUUUUUGGGAGUGAAAAGUAUAUGGAGAAACGGUGCAGUAAUUGACUCGAAGCGGCGAUGGAAGCGGUGGCGGAGGGGCUGUGGGCGCUGGCGGAGCACCACGAGCAGCGCAAGGAGAUAGGGAAGGCGGUGAAAUGCCUCGAGGCCAUUUGCCAGAGCCCCGUCUCGUUUCUCCCUAUUAUCGAAAUCAAAACCCGCCUCCGCGUAGCGGCGCUUCUACUCAAGCACUCGCACAAUGUCAAUCACGCGAAAGCGCACCUCGAGCGCUCUCAACUUCUUUUGAAGUCCAUUCCAUCGUACUUUGAGCUGAAGUGCCGAGCUUAUAGCCUGCUGAGUCAGUGCUACCAUCUUGUAGGGGCAAUUCCUUCACAAAAACAGAUAUUAAGCAAGGGUUUAGAGCUUUCUGCCAUUUCUGGAGAUGGGUUUGCAGGGAGGCUUUGGUCAUGCAACUUCAAUUCUCAGCUAGCAAAUGCACUUAUAAUUGAGGGAGAUUACCAAGGGUCAGUUUCAUCGUUGCAACAGGGGCUUGGAUGUGCAACAGAGAUGUGUUAUCCAGAGUUGCAGAUGUUUUUUGCGACAUCUAUUUUGCAUGUGCAUCUGAUGCAAUGGGAGAGCACAAGUCUGGUACAGGAGUCUGUCAGCAGGUGCAAUGCAAUAUGGGAAUCUAUUGAGCCUGAUAAAGGACAACAUUGCCUUGGUCUCCUGUUUUAUCAUGAGCUGCUGCAAUUAUUCUAUCUACUCCGGAUAUGCGACUACAAAACUGCUGCUCAACAUAUUGACAGAUUGGAUGCUGUCAUGAAGUCUGAUUUGCAGAGUAUGGAACAUUAUCAAGAUCUCACCAAUGAAAUUGAUGCAUUAAAUCACAGCCUCUUGCGCUCUGACUUGAACUACAGAGACAGGUCUGCUCUUGCUGACAAGCAAUCUAAGCUUCAGGAGCAACUUAAUAAUUUUGUGGGAAUAAAUUCAACUGGAAAAGCAACCUUGGAGCCAGCUUACUUUGGAAAUGUGAAGCGAGCACUACCUGCUAAGCUUGAGUUGGCUCCACCUCCUAUUGAUGGGGAAUGGCUUCCAAAGAGUGCAGUCUAUGCAUUGGUGGAUCUUAUGGUAGUGAUCUUUAGCAGGCCAAAAGGGCUCUUUAAGGAUUGCCUGAAGAGGAUUCAAUCUGGUUUACAAAUAAUCCAAGGGGAGCUGUUGCAGUUGGGAAUUACUGAUGGGGUCAAAGAGGUGGAGUUGCAGCACUCUGCAAUUUGGAUGGCUGGUGUUUAUUUAAUGCUUCUAAUGCAGUUCCUUGAAAAUAAAGUAAUAAUUGAUCUUACUCGAACUGAAUUUGUGGAAGCGCAAGAGGCUUUAGUUCAGAUGAGAAAUUGGUUUGUUCGGUUUCCAACCAUCCUACAGGCUUGUGAGAGUAUGAUUGAGAUGCUAAGGGGCCAAUAUGCACAUUGCGUGGGCUGCUAUAAUGAAGCAGCAUUUCAUUUUAUUGAAGCAUCAAAGUUGACUCAAAGCAAAUCAAUGCAAGCCAUGAGCCACAUUUAUGCAUCAGUAUCUUAUAUUUGCAUUGGAGAUGCUGAAUCUUCAGAAAAGGUUGUUGAGUUGAUUGGACCUGUUCUUGGAGUGAUAGAUUCUUUUAUUGGGGUGCGAGAAAAGACAUGUGCUCUGUAUACUUAUGGAUUUCUCCUCAUGAGGCAGCAAAACCUACAAGAGGCCAGAGUUCGACUGGCUUCUGGCUUGCAGACAACUCAUACUUAUUUGGGAAAUCUGCAACUUGUUUCCCAGUAUUUAACAGUGUUGGGAAAUUUAGCACUUGCUCUACAUGACACAGGGCAAGCUAGAGAGAUCUUGAGAUCCGCCCUAAUAUUGGCCAAGAAGCUUUACGAUAUUCCAACUCAAAACUGGGUUCUGUCGAAUUUGACAGCAUUAUACCAACAAUCCGGGGAAAAGGCGAGUGAAGUGGAGAAUCUCGAGUACCAAAGGAGGAAGGUAGAGGAUUUGCAGCAAAGAGUUGCCAUUGCAUGUUCCUCUAUUUAUCACAACCAACUGAUUGACAAGUCGAAAUUCCAAGUCCAUCAAAUGAACGAGCAUGACAUGAAGCGGGCAUUGGCUGGCCCUUCCAAGAGUGUCGAUCUUGAUAUCCCGGAAUCCGUUGGACUGUUGGGCAUGCAACCUGCCCGAUCAUCCGCGAGGCUCAUGGAUUUGGAUGUUAGGAGACUCGGGAAGAAGAAAGCUUAAGGUCGCCGUAACAUUUGUAAGUUAAUCUUCUUUUGGCGCGCGGACAUUAUAUAGCCUAGACAUACAUUCUAGCAUGAUCUUUAUAUAUCUAUUAUAUAUAUAUACACAUCACAUAUUGGCCAUUUUAGAUGUGUUUGUAAAGCUCUUGUCUGUAGAUGCAAUUUGGUACUGGAUGGAUUCAGUGAUGACUCUAAAAUGAUAGAGAAAGAUUAUAUAUUAAUGCUGUCCGGUUAAAUUACUAAUUUUUAAUAGUGG